CUUCAACCUGCACCGACUACACACACACACUCACACACACACACACAUACACACACACACACAUACACACACACACACACACACUCACUCACACACACACACUCAGCGGCCCUCAAUGGAUCGAAUGAUUUCAGCGCUUUAGCGUCUUUUACCGAAUUAGAACUGAAUCGUGCACGAAAUCGGGAGCGGAUUAAAAAGUGAUUCUGUGAAGACUGAAUGAAGGAAACCUUAAAGGAGGAGAGACACCGAGGGAGAGAGAGAGAGAGAGAGAGAGAGAGAGAGAGAGAGAGAGACUCUCACACACACACACACACACCUCACACACACAUACACAUGACACAGAAGUGUUUAAUUCACACACACACACAAACACACAGGUUGAUGAACAUUGUGUUAAUACAAGUCCAUAUUAACACCCAGGGAUUCUGAGCACCAUCAUUUGGGCCACACAUCUGGAACACAUCUGCAUUUACACUUUAUUUAUUUCUUUAUUUAUUAAUCAUUUAUACCCGAGUGAGAGGCCAUGCGGCGGGUCACGGCACCAGGAGUGAUCAGGUUGGUGGUGGCGGUGGUCUCCAUACUGGCGGACCUGUACCGUGCUGAGGGUGAUGUGGUGAACCUGUCAGAACGUGUGAUCUGGGCGGUGAACGCAGGAGGAGAAGCUCACACUGACACACACGGCAUCCAUUAUAAAAAAGACCCACUGGAAGGCAAACUGGGAAAAGCGUCAGAUUAUGGGAUGCGGUUGCCAAUCCUGCGCUCGAGUCCGGAGGAUCAGGUGCUGUAUCAGACAGAGCGCUAUAACGAGGACACGUUCGGGUACGAGGUUCCGAUGAGGGACGAGGGAGAGUACAUCCUGGUGCUGAAGUUCUCUGAGGUGUAUUUCGCCCAAUCACAACAGAAAGUGUUUGAUGUGAGGGUUAACGGUCAUGUGGUGGUGAAGGAUUUAGAUAUUUUUGACCGUGUUGGUCACAGUACAGCUCAUGAUGAGAUUAUACCAUUUACUAUUAAGAGAGGAAAACUCAGUAUACUGGGGGAAGUUUCCACCUUCAACAACAAACUAAUCAUCGAGUUUAUUAAGGGUUAUUAUGACAAUCCGAAGGUGUGUGCGCUGUACGUGAUGAAGGGGAAACCUGAAGACGUGCCAAAGCUGCAGCCUCACCCUGGCCUGGAGAAGCCUGAGGAAGAUGAAGAAGAGGAAGAGGACACUGAGGGGGGUGAAGAUACUGUGAAGAAGGUCAUGUCCCAGACUCUGAAAAAACAGGUCCGGUCGGGGCCGAGAACGCCGAACCCCUACGCAGCCGAUAACAGCAGCCUGAUGUUCCCUAUCUUAGUGGCCUUUGGAGUGUUCAUCCCUACACUGUUCUGUCUCUGUCGCCUGUGAGAGAGAGAGAGAGAGAGAGAAGAGAUACUCAGACCUGACAUCACACGUACUGAGACACAGACCACAUCUCCAUAUUUGGAUCAGACACUCCUGGACUUCCACACAUUUCCACCGACGGACCGGGCCACGCCCUCUCAGGCCUGUUAUAAAGGUGCUGUGUGGUGAUGCAGUAAAACAGAGGCUCAUUACAGGAUGGGGGAUUAUUUUCUGUAUAUUUCAGAAUUUGUUGAUUUGAGGGUUUUUGUGUUUGUGUGUGUGUGUGUGUUAGCUGUAGUCUCUUCUGUCUCCUCAGGAUUUCUGAAUUGAUUUGGAUUUUACUUUAAUGGGUUUCUUGUUUUUUAUAUAUUUUUUUAUUUGCACUGCCUGCUGUUUUUAUUUUAAAAGCUUUUUUUUCCUUCUCGCUUGUCAUCUUUUGCCAUUUUGAAAUGUCGGCCUUUGUUUUUGAUGCCUGGAAAUUUAAUUUUUAAAUUAGAUUUUUUUAUAAUACACUAUUCAGUGAUUUACCAUCUUGUGAGUCAUGAACUGUUUCUUUUCUUCCAUUACAAAACCCAUCGCCAUCAACACGGCCAAAGACACUGCUGCCAUCACGCUGAUGUUCUGCUUUCAGCUGUGUGUGUGUGUGUGUGUGUGUGUGUGUGUGUGUGUGUGUGUGAGAGAGUGAGUGAGUGAGUGAGUGAGACUAGCACUCCGUCCGUCUGUCCCUCUCGCAGCUUCUGAACACAGGAGACGCUCCUCUGGCCUUUAGGGAAAUGAAACGUACACAAACUGCAGACUGUGUGCUGUUUCUUUUUAAUAAAUGUGCUAUUUUAUCUAAA